GACACAAAGACGUGUAUCCAGUAAACUAUUCUUCACUUGCACCAAACUCUCUCUUUAUAAAUUGAAGCCCGAAUGAGCCAACCAACUCAUCAAGCUUGCUAGCUCCUUCAUUUUCUCUUCCAUUCUCCUAUCUUUUUAAAGUACUCAGAGCCCAGAAAAGGAAAACCUUGUGGCAAAAGCUUUAGCCAUUUCCAGUUGCUAAAGCCAUGGAGAUCAUCAAUGAUCAGUUAGCCGGAGGUGAACAUCGGAAGGCCAGGGUUUUUGAACGUGCUUGGUCUUGGGUUAAGGCCUUGCCGGGAAAGUUAAAAAACAAAGUUACCAAAGUUGCAAAGAACACUAUCAAGCUAGGAAAAGAUGAUCCGAGAAGAGUCAUUCACUCUCUGAAAGUGGCUAUGGCUCUCACAUUGGUAUCCUUAUUGUACUAUUGGAGAGCCCUUUAUGAUGGUCUUGGGGUUGCAGGAAUGUGGGCGGUUCUAACAGUGGUAGUAGUGUUUGAAUUCACUGUAGGUGCAACACUCAACAAGGGUUUAAACAGAAGCUUUGCCACAUUACUUGCCGGUGCUCUAGGAAUUGGAGCAAAUCACUUGGCUGGUCUGUUCGGGGAGCAAGGAGAGCCCAUUAUCCUAGGCGUCCUUGUCUUCCUACUAGCUGCAGCAUCUACAUUUUCGAGGUUUUUCCCAAGGAUCAAGGCGAGAUAUGAUUAUGGGGUGUUGAUAUUCAUACUGACGUUUAGUAUGGUAACUGUAUCGGGAUAUCGGGUUGAGGGGCUUUUGGAGAUGGCCGAUCAAAGACUAGUUACAGUUUUAAUAGGUGGAGGAACCUGCAUAAUCAUAGCAAUUUUUUUAUGUCCAGUAUGGGCUGGUGAAGAUUUGCACAAUCUUAUAGCAUCCAACAUGGACAAGCUUGCAAACUACCUAGAAGGAAUUGGAGGAGGUGAAUAUUUUCAAUUGCCUAAGGAUGGAAAGUCUACCAAGGUCACAAAAAAUGAUGGAUAUAAAAGUGUCCUAAACUCAAAAACCACUGAAGAAUCCUGGGCAAAUUUUGCAAGAUGGGAACCAGGACAUGGACGCUUCAAAUUUUGUCAUCCAUGGAAGCAAUAUUUGAAGAUUGGAGCCCUUGUCAGGCAAUGUGCUUAUCAGAUUGAUACUCUAAAUGGCCACAUCAACUCAGAUGUACAUGUGCCACAAGAAUUUCUACAAAUAGUUCAAGCCUCGUGCAUAACAAUGAGUACUGAGUCUGGCAAAGCCCUAAAAGCUUUAGGCACAGCAAUCAAAACCAUGAAGGACCCGAAAUCUGCCUGUCAACAUUUGGAGACCUCCAAAAAUGCAGUAGAAGACCUUCACAUUGCACUGAAAGCUGCAUCACUGGAAAAUGCAGACAUCCUUGCAAUUAUACCAGCUGCCACAGUUGCUUCAAUACUAGUUGAGAUUGUCAAAUGUGUGGAGAAAAUUUCCAUGUCAGUUCAUGAGCUUUCCCAACAAGCACAUUUCAAAGUGGCGGAGCCAACUGUUUCACCAGAGAAUAAGCCGCAAUUACUUCACAGAGGAAGCAUAAACCCUCUACUCUUGGAUGAUGGUGAUGAUAGUCAGAACCGGCCCUGGGCAUAGGCUCAACAGGCACAGGCCUAGGGCCCCCAGUUUCAAGGGCCCCAAAAAAAUAUAACUUCUAUUAAUAUAUAUAUAUAUAUGUAAAAAAAAAUUAUCUGGAAUGUAUUUUAUUGUUUCAUCGUUGUACGCCUGUAGCUCUGUACGUGACUUUUGUUCUUCUCUACUGCUGAAUCUCUCUCGUUCUCACUUCUCAAACGAAACUUGUCCAGAUAAUUAAGUCUAUCUUGCUCCAAUACCAUGCCUCUUCGGCUCUUUCUCCUGUUGAGGAGAUAGAAGGAGACGAGUUCUUCUUCAGUUGGGUAGAAACGGAAGCCUGUUGUGAGUUCUUGAUC